GUGGGUGGCACUGUCCCCCACCCCGUGGUGGCACCAGCAGCUCCAUCCACCUGGAGCGUUUCUGUCUGUCCCCAGUGCCCCUCCAGCCCUGGGUUCAUCCCCUGGGGUGGGACCCCCACACCUGGGGGCUGUCACCAGCCAUGUCCCCUCUGUCACCAGCCACGUCCCCUCUGUCACCAGCCACGUCCUCUCUGUCACCAGCCACCUCCACAUGAGCCCUGUGUCACUGGCACCCCACUGUUGGCCCUACAAACACCCAUUUGGGGGUCCCUACACCCCCAAACCCCUGUCCUGUGGUGGGGGGACCCCAAUGUCCCUCUGAGGUCGGCAGCGUGGGUGGCACAGAGCUGGCACAGAGCUGGCACGUGUCACCCCAGCGCCGUGGGGCACACAGGGAAAGGCCAGACGUGCCCUGGGCGGGUGCCAGGGCGGGUCCCGCCGCUGCCAUCACGUUGCUGGCAGGGUCUGCCCCUCGUCCCCGAGGCGGGAAGGGGAGGGGACACACCCGUGGGUGCCACACACGUGUCCGAGGUGCCACCCCCCCUCCCUGGCAGCGCUCGGUGCCAGCGGCUCGUCCCAAAAUAGCCCCAGCGGGGCCAUAAAAGCAGGGCGGGCACUGGGGGGGGGGGAAAGAGGCACCAUGGUGGGCCCUGGCGUGGUGGGGGGCUCCAAGGGGGGGCUCUCGGCCCGCCUGGGCUGCCGUGUGCAGGAGGAGGACGUGGGCAGGAGAGAAACCUUCAGUGCCGAGUGGCUGGACCUGGAGCUCAGCUCCCGGCCCGAGGACGGGUGGUGCCGGCGGGAGGCGGACGCGCAGCGCCGGGAGACGCUGGAGCAGCGCGGGGCCGUGCGGGCGCUGCAGCAGCGCUCGCCCUGGGGGCUGCUGCGGGUGGGGGUCCUGGGCCAGCCCCUCACCCAGCACCUCCUGCCCUACGCCCGCACCCUCCCCGUGCCCCUGUUCGCCCCCUCGGACCUCCGCGGUGCCAAGGCGGGGGUGCCCCGCACCCUCUCCCGCUCCCUCUCCCACGAAGCCCAGCGGGGCUGAGCGAGGGGGCCGGGGGAGGUCGGGGUGGGGGGGGGGCUU